AAUAGUCGCAAUAUUUUUAUCUCUUAUUUUUUCUAAAAAACAAAACUAAUGUCUGUUCAAGGCGUUUGUGAAGAAUUCUGUCCGCAAUCCGAAGCUAAAUUGCGUAUACGUGAAAAACUCUUGCAUUUCUAUGAGUAUAAAAAUGGUCAGAAAAGUGUCCCAGGUAUUCUAGUAAAGUCUUUUGCCAGAUCGGCAGCUGGUUUAAGAGUACCGAAAGGAAAAGAUUUAAGAACUAUAAAAUGUUUGCAUAAAACGACAGAGUAUUUGCUAAAGGAAGUGGUUUUAGAUAAACGCAAAUCGUUCUGCUAUGUUUAUGAUUUUAUAUUUGAUCGAUUACGGGCCAUACGACAGGAAGUUGUUAUACAAAAUUUCGAGGAUAUGCAAACCAUCAAAUUACUAGAGCCCAUGAUCAUGUUUUUAGCUUUUAGCCGUUAUAAACUAUGCGAAGAAACUACUGGGAAUUUUGAUGAAAAAAUUUGCGAGCUGCAUCUGCAAGAAUGCUUAAAGCGCGCUUUAGUUUCUUAUGAUAACAUAGCGUGCAACGAAAUGACUGAAGCGGAAAUAAAAAAUAGAGCAUAUAUAGAGGGCUUAUAUCAAAUUUUCAACUUGGGCUCUGCCGAAGCUUUAAGUAGAUGCGCUCUUGUUCCUCGAGAAAUAAAGUCAAAUGCUGUCUUUGCCUUGGCGUUUAAAAUAUGCUUAAGUUACUUUCAAGGCAAUUUGUAUCGUGUGCUCAUUGGUUUACAAAACCUUCCCCACGUUUUAUGUGCAAUUGGUUCUCUGAAAUUACAAAUGCUAAGAAAGAAACUUUUGGAAAUGUUUACAUCUGCCUAUCACAGCAAAUUUUUGGUACCAGCAAAUUUUGUACUUUCCCUUACCGCCCACGCCACUAAAGAAGAAUUGUUUAAAGAUUGUGAAUAUUUCAAAGUAAAUGUCGCAAGCGAUAACAAGCAUUUACAUUUUCAAAAGAUCUAUUUCCGCCACGAACUGCCGGCUUUGAAAACCAGGCACGAACAGUUUGUUGAUAUAAAGUUAGAAAGAAUUUAUUUACCCGAAAUUUUAUUGUUAAAAAAAUUGUAAUUUGAAAAAAUGUAC